AUAAAUACGAGCCAGUCUCUCCGCACUCUUUUGUCUACCCAGCAACACGGAACUGAGUACCCCCCCACCAACACCACCAUGUUCGCCAAAUCCAUCCUCCUCCCUCUCUGCCUCCUCGCAGGCACGGCCCUGGCUGACCCGAUCGUGUAUCUCAUCCGUCACGGGGAGAAGCCCAGCGACGGUGGCACAGGGCUGAGCACGCUGGGUGUCGAGCGCUCGCAGUGUGUGCGCAAUGUCUUCGGGGCGAACUCGGGUUAUAACAUCAAGUACAUCAUGGCCGAGACUCCCAAGAGCAACGGUAAGCGCGCCCGUCCGUAUCUGACGGUACUCCCUCUCGCGCAGGACUUGGGCAUCACCGUCGACACCUCGUGCGCCAAGACCGACGAGAAGUGUGUCAGAGAGGUGGUUGAGAACUAUUCGGGCGAUGGCAAUAUCCUCAUCUGCUGGGAACAUCACAUGUUGACCGACAUCGUGGAGGAGUUGGGCAACGACGACCCUCCGACCUAUCCGGAUGAUAGCUUCAACCUCAUCUGGACUGAUCCCUCGCCGUACACUGACAUCACGGCUGUCACGAGCGAGAACUGUCCGGGACUGGACAACUAGAUCCUUAUCUUGAUCUAAUAUGAUACCUUAGGUAGUUGAUAAUAAAGAGAAGACUUUUGAUCGAGACACUUCUGCAUCUGUUUGUCCUUGUCCUUGGGGGCAAGGAGAUGAGAAUAGGACGGAUCUUUCUGGUGGCCUGACGGUGUGGUCACGGUGGAAGAG